CAACAUGGCCGCUGUGCAGGAGGCUGAAGUGCAAGUGGACGGCGGCGAGCCGAAACUCAGUAAGAAGUGGUGGUAAUCCUUAGUUCCGGGGUGUUCUGCCAUGUUGAUGCAAGCUGCUGUAAGGCUUGUUAGGGGGUCCCUGCGCCGAACCUCCUGGGCACACUGGGGUCAGAGGGAGCUGCGACUGGGUCAACUUGCUCCUCUCCCAGCGUUUCACAAGGACAAGCCACUUUCUGAUAAAGGAAGUGAACUAAAAAGACGCCUGAAAGCUGAGAAGAAGGUAGCCGAAAAGGAAGCCAAGCAGAAGGAGCUCAGUGAGAAACAGCUGUGCCAGGCGGCAGCUGCUUCCACCAACCACAGCACCGACAAUGGUGUUAGCACCGAGGAGGAAAGCCUGGACCCAAAUCAAUACUACAAGAUCCGCAGCCAAGCAGUUCAGCAACUGAAGACCAGUGGGGAAGACCCCUACCCCCACAAGUUCCACGUGGACAUCUCACUCACACACUUCAUCGAAGAGUACAGUCACCUGCAGCCUGGGGACCACCUGACUGACAUCACCCUCAAAUUGGCAGGUCGGGUCCAUGCCAAGAGAGCUUCUGGGGGUAAGCUCAUCUUCUACGACCUGCGAGGAGAGGGGGUCAAAUUGCAGGUCAUGGCCAACUCCAGGAACUAUAAAUCAGAAGAAGAAUUUAUUCGUAUCAAUAACAAACUGCGUCGGGGAGACAUAAUUGGAGUGCAGGGGAACCCAGGGAAAACCAAGAAGGGGGAGCUGAGCAUCAUUCCCCAUGAGAUCACACUGCUGUCCCCCUGCCUGCACAUGCUGCCGCACCUGCACUUUGGCCUCAAGGACAAGGAGACACGCUAUCGCCAAAGAUACCUGGACCUGAUCCUGAAUGACUUUGUGAGGCAGAAAUUCAUCGUCCGCUCUAAGAUCAUCACGUAUAUCAGAAGUUUCUUGGACGAGUUGGGAUUCUUAGAGAUCGAAACUCCCAUGAUGAACGUCAUCCCAGGGGGAGCGGUGGCCAAGCCCUUCAUCACCUACCACAACGAGCUAGACAUGAACUUGUAUAUGAGGAUUGCUCCAGAGCUCUACCAUAAGAUGCUGGUGGUUGGCGGCCUGGACCGGGUGUAUGAGAUCGGGCGCCAGUUCCGGAACGAAGGCAUCGACUUGACUCACAAUCCCGAGUUCACCACUUGUGAGUUCUACAUGGCCUAUGCCGACUACCACGAUCUCAUGGAAAUUACGGAGAAGAUGGUCUCAGGGAUGGUGAAACACAUCACAGGCGGGUACAAGGUCACCUACCAUCCCGAGGGCCCCGAGGGCCAGGCCUAUGAGAUUGACUUCACCCCACCCUUCCGACGAAUUAGCAUGGUAGAGGAGCUGGAGAGGGUGCUGGGUGUGAAGCUGCCAGAAACGAGCCACUUUGAAACGGAAGAAACUCGGAAACUCCUGGACGACAUCUGUGUCAACAAAGCUGUUGAAUGCCCUCCUCCUCGGACUACAGCCAGGCUCCUUGAUAAGCUUGUUGGCGAGUUCCUGGAAGUGACCUGCAUCAACCCCACCUUCAUCUGUGAUCAUCCGCAGCUCAUGAGCCCCUUGGCCAAAUGGCACCGCUCCAAACAGGGUCUGACGGAGCGCUUUGAGCUCUUUGUCAUGAAGAAGGAGGUGUGCAAUGCCUACACGGAGCUGAACGACCCCCUGCGGCAGCGGCAGCUGUUUGAGGAGCAGGCCAAGGCCAAGGCUGCUGGUGACGAUGAGGCCAUGUUCAUCGACGAGACCUUCUGUACUGCCCUGGAGUACGGGCUGCCCCCGACAGCUGGCUGGGGCAUGGGGAUCGACCGCGUCACCAUGUUCCUCACAGACUCCAAUAACAUCAAGGAGGUGCUGCUGUUCCCUGCCAUGAAGCCUGAAGACAGGAAGGAGAAUGCAGCAUCUGCCCAAACGCAGGAGGAGAACACCCCGGUGGGCACCUCUGUUUAAGAAACAGUAGCUGCAAGUCACGUGACAUCUUUGCCUUGCUGUGAAAGGGCAAGACUGCCGGGGCACUGUCCAUGUGCGCGCUGCUCUGUUUGCCACCACGGUCGGCUCCGACAGCUGAGGCGAGAAGAGGGAUCGAGAGCUCCUUCUUAUCAAAUAAACCACUGGUCUCUGCUCUUUUCUCUUA